UUCGUGACACCACCAUUAAAACACCAACCACUCCCAAUUUUAUUUCCUAAUUCUGUUAGGAACAAAAAUUCAGCUUGUUUAUAAAUUUAACUCUAACCGGGCCUGUAUAAACUAAUAAAUUUUAAACUAUAAAAACAACAAUACAGUCUCAACAUCAAUUUUAACAUAAACAAUGAAAACUGUGCUUAUGGUGGCAGAGAAACCGUCAUUGGCGGCUUCCCUGGCCAAUAUUUUGAGCAAUGGCAAGAAUUCUUCUAGAAAAGGCUUUAACGGAGCCUGCUCUAUCCAUGAAUGGAACGGAACAUUCUUGGGCUCAUCUGCAAGGCUCAAAAUGACCUCUGUCUGCGGACAUGUCCUAGGAGUGGACUUUCUUAGCAAAUAUAACAACUGGGACAGAGUUGACCCUGUAGAAUUAUUCUCAUGUCCCAUAGAAAAGAAAGAGGCGAUGCCCAAGUUGAAAAUGCCCACAUUUCUUGCUGCCGAGGCUAAAGGGUGUGAUUACUUGGUCCUGUGGCUUGAUUGUGAUAAAGAAGGAGAAAAUAUAUGCUUUGAAGUAAUGUCUUCGGUGGCCAAUAGCAUGAAUGGAAACGUGUAUUCUGACAACGUAACCUACAGAGCCAAAUUCUCUGCAAUCACUGACAAGGAUAUUAAGGCCGCCUUUAACAAUCUAGCGCAUCCGAACGAAAACGAAGCAAAAAGCGUGGACGCGCGCCAAGAGCUCGACUUGCGAAUCGGUUGUGCGUUCACCCGUUACCAGACCAAAUACUUCCAAGGCAAAUACGGCGAUUUGGACGCCUCCCUAAUAUCUUACGGACCAUGCCAGACGCCUACCUUGGGAUUCUGCGUCCAGAGACACGACGAAAUCCAGUCGUUUAAACCGGAAACUUAUUGGGUAGUUCAGGCCUCGGCGGUCACGAAAGAGGGCGUCGACGUACCGUUGGAGUGGGAACGCGGCAGAUGUUUCGAUAAGGACGUGGCCAACAUGUUUUUGGGGAUAGUUAAGCAGCAAAACGAGGGAAAGGUGGAGAGUGUACAAUCAAAAGAAAAAGUGAAGCCCAGACCGCCGGCCUUAAACACCGUAGAACUGAUGAGGGUGGCCAGUUCGGGUUUAGGCAUGGGGCCACAUCAUGCCAUGCAAAUCGCUGAAAGAUUGUAUACCCAAGGGUACAUAAGUUACCCUCGUACUGAAACCACUAAAUAUCCCGAGAACUUUGAUUUAUUGGGCACAUUAAAGCAACAAGAAAACAGCGCAGAUUGGGGCAAGGAAGUUAAAGAGAUUUUAGGUCAAGGAAUUAACAGGCCGAAAAGUGGACAUGAUGCAGGUGACCAUCCCCCCAUAACUCCCAUGAAGGCGGCCUCUAGGACCGAACUGGACGGUGACGCCUGGAAGUUAUACGAUUAUAUCACUAGGCAUUUUAUAGGCACCCUCGCUAAAGAUUGCAAAUACUUAAGCACCAGUAUUAAAAUUAUUAUUAAUAAUGAAGUAUUUUAUAUUACCGGGAAAACGUUGAUCGAUCCGGGAUAUACUAGUCUGAUGACAUGGCAAGCUUUGGGUAAAAACGAAAUAGUACCGAAAUUCGUAGAAAACGAAACCGUGCCGAUUCAAAACGCCCGUUUAACAGAACAUCAAACGUCCCCCCCGGACUAUUUAACCGAAGCGGAACUGAUCACUUUAAUGGAAAAACACGGAAUCGGCACCGACGCGUCCAUUCCCGUCCAUAUAAACAACAUCUCCCAAAGGAAUUACGUGACCGUGACGCCUGGAAGGAAACUCAAGCCGACAACUUUGGGGAUAGUCCUGGUUCACGGAUACCAAAAAAUCGAUGCACAGCUGGUGCUGCCGACGAUGCGUUCGGCCGUGGAAGAACAACUGAACCUUAUAGCAGCGGGAAAGGCGAAUUUUAACGCGGUCUUGAAACAUACCAUUGACAUUUUCAAGCUGAAAUUUCAGUAUUUCGUGAAGAAUAUCGACGCGAUGGAUCAGCUUUUUGAAGUGUCGUUUUCGCCCCUUAGUGCGUCGGGAAAGGCGCAUUCUAGGUGCGGUAAAUGUCGAAGAUACAUGAAAUAUAUCCAAGCGAAACCUGCCAGGUUACACUGUCCGCAGUGCGACGAAACUUAUAACUUGCCACAAAACGGCACCAUUAAACUGUUUAGGGAGUUGAAGUGUCCCUUGGACGAGUUCGAGCUGCUUUGCUGGACCACCGGUAACAAGGGGAAAAGUUUCGUUUUUUGCCCAUACUGUUACAAUAAUCCGCCAUUUAACGAUAUGCGUAAAGCGAACGGUUGUAACUCUUGCACUCACCCUACGUGUCAGUACGGACUGAAUACCAAUGGGGUCAUAAAUUGUGCCGAAUGUGAAUAUGGGGUUUUGGUACUGGACCCCUCCUCGGGACCUAAAUGGAAAUUGGGAUGCAACAGGUGCGACACGAUCAUAAACCUGUUCGAUGACGCCCACAAAAUCACGAUUCUCGAAGAAAAUUGCGACUGCGGCGCCCAAUUGGUCACCGUCGAAUACAAACCGGAAAAAUCGAAAUUGCCCAAUCAGGCGACCGAAAUGAGCGGCUGCGCGUUUUGCAGUAACGAUUUCGCCAAAUUGGUCGAUCGGCCCAAGGUGGCCGUGGUCAGUAGACCGCCCAGACCGUUUAGGGGCGGUAAAACUGGCGGAGGAAGGGGCGGCAGGGGCGGCUCGAGAGGCAGAGGCAAGCCCAAAGAUAAAAUGGCCCAGUUGGCGGCCUAUUUCGUAUGACCCUCAGCUAAAUGAAUAAUUUAUUUCUAUUAGAUUGGGAAUAUUAUGUCGGCAAUAAGAUGCUUUAAAACGUUAAUUUAUUGUAACCUUUUUUUACUCUCUAAUUAGACACUUAUUUGUUAGAAUAACAAUUUUUUGCCUAAAAAAUAAAUAUCUAAUAUACAGGGUGAUUUUUAA